AUGGAAGAUGUGAAAGGAUCGCCAGCGAUGUCACAGUUAAAACAGUUAGUUUUAGGAGACGAUUCGCCCAUGUCAUCUCCGUCCGAUGGCACAAAGACAACAAAAGAAGAACCAGCCAAUUUAAUAUAUGAAGACAAGGAAUUGGAAAAGACACCUCUUGGCGAUGCAAUUGACUCGUUGCUCGUUCGCUGGGCUCAACUUCUAUCGAACGUCUCAUCACGCCCACCGGUUCCAGCUCCUUCAACGAUCGACCAUGUGAAAGAAGUAGUUGAGAUAUCAAUGUAUCAUUUUCGUGACUCGUGUUUGGAUGUAUGUUCUGAAUUUACAAAAAUCGACUUGCAAUGGCAGCUUGAUCAUCCUGAAGAAGUUUAUGAAGAUGAAUUAAAAGGUCUCGAUGAUGCCCUGAUCCGACAAGAAACUUUGCUUGCACGAGCACAUGGAAUACUAGAUAGGCGGUCUAAGGAAUUUUUUGGAUGA